ACCGCUCUCCAAAUCCCAAAACCCUAACCCAUCCACCUCCUCUGCCGCCGCCACCAUCACCGCCGACGAUAUGGGAGGAAGAGGAGGAGACGGCGGCGGCCGCAAGGCCCGCAACUUCGCGACCUUCCGCCUCUUCCCGCGCGCCGGCGCCGCCGACCCCAACGACCGCGUCUUCGUACGCGUCGACAACAACGACUACACCGUCCCCGGGUUCGCCGACGAGGACUCCUUCGACCCAUCCCUGUCCGACCCCUCCGCGGGCGAUGCCAACUUCCACUCCGCCUCCGGCUCCCUCCCGGAACACGUUCGCCGCGAGAUCCUCGAGCUCGGCCUCCCAGACGAUGGUUACAACUACCUCUCCCACCUCCGCGAGCUCCGUCCCACCGCCGCCGCCGCCUCAUCCUUCGUCCCCAGCUCCACCGCUCGCCCCGAGCCCCUCCCGCUCGAUGUCAAGGCUUACGAUGCAAGUAGGGUACGGGUUGGUCCCAGCGAUGGUGAACUGGACGAGGGGAAGACGAUGUGUAAGGUGGCUGCCAAGACUGCACCACUGAGGCGAAUUCAGAAGGCUGUCGACCCAGAUGUCGCCAGGUUACUCGAUGAGAGCGACGUGUCUCAUGUUGGGUCUGAGGAUGAGGGGUUGGAGGAAGAUUUUGUCAUCAUAGCUAACCGGGCUGAGGGGGAGGAGUUGGAGGAAGAAGACACAGAAGAGGUGGAAGAGUGGAAUGGUGUUUUGAGUGAUGUGGAAGAGGAGGAGUUCGAUUUUGAGGAGGAUGAGCCAAAGCCAAGAGUGAGACGAUUGCUGGAUGAACAAUUUGAUCUGCUUGCUUUGGAAGAGUAUGGAGACAGUGAUGAUGAUGACAGGGCUGUUAAAGAUGGGGAAUAUGAACUCCCAAGUGAGGCUAUAGAUGAACUGAAAUUGUUCCAAAGUCAGAAUGUAUGUGUUGAUGAAGAAUAUAGAACACCAGCGGAUUUUGUUCGUCAAAAACUGGACUCAAGCACGACAGAUGAGGUGGAUGAAUCUGCUCGUGUGAUACAAAAAUGUGCUGAAUACGCUGAAAGAUAUUUAAACGAAACUGCAGAAGAAGAGGUGGUUGUACUUGUUUCCGAAAGUAGUGAUGAAUCUGAAGUUUGGGACUGUGAGACCAUUGUUUCCACAUUCUCUAACCUUGAUAAUCAUCCUGGGAAAAUUGAAACUCCAGGAAACCCCAGAAAGCGGCUCCCUAGAGUUUUCCCUGGAGAAACAAAUACGACAAAUGACAUCAUCAAGCUUCAUGGGAAAGAGAAACUGCCAGUAGAAUACCUGCCACAGAGGAGAAGAAAUGGUGAAAAGGAGAAGAAAGUAAAGCCUGUGGAAGCUUCUGUCACUGAUAAAUUUAAAAAAGGAGCUGAGAAGGAAACACAAGAGGAGAAGAAGGCAAGAAAGGCAGCAGUGAAAGAAGAAAAAAGAGAGGCCCGGAAAGCAAAGAAAGAGCUCAAAGUUCUGUAUAAAUCAGAAACACAGAAGGCUCAGAAAGUUGCUGCUGUUACGGGACCAUCUUCCAUACGAUUAAUGUGAUGGUUGAUCUGUGGCACGUUUACUGAUGGAAGUCUUGAAAGACCGCCUGGACAAAUGCAUCACAGCUACCAAAGAUUUAUGAUACCAGGUCAUCUGUGCCAUGCUCGUGGAUUUUGUUGACAAGAUACUCAAUGCAUAGUCCUUGCCUUUGAGUUAUGCAAUUCUGUUGCAUCAUAGAGCUUUUGCGUCUUCUGGAAACACGACGCUUGCUAUGCUAUCCAAAACAGAGGCAUUGUAGCACUACUAUAUAUUAAUUCAGUUUUGAAGGAGAAGAUAUGAAAUUUAUAUGAACUUGUCUAAAGCAUGUCAGAUCCUUGAAAGAACCUUUACUUCGGAAACAGGUUAUGAUGGUAAA